AUGUCCAACCAACCCGUACACAUCAUCUCAGACACAGAAUCUGAAUCCGAAUCUGAUGGCGGCAUGCAACUCGACGACCUGGACCGUGCCGACGGUAUACCAAUGUUCGACACCAGUGAAAAUGGCGGACUUCCAAACUUGGAUGGCAUACCAAUGCCCCGCUCUCAAUCAGAUAAUGAAAUUUGGGGCUUAAACACGUCAAAUGGAUCAGACACAGGAAGAUUCAACGCCCGCGCCCAAAACCCCCUCACGACAUCAUACAACCGCGCCAGCCCAAACAGCAUAACAGAGCCCCAAACGGCCUUCGAAAAAGAUGCCCGCACACGCUCACAUCUCCGCGACGAAAAACACGCCGCACUAGCCGUCCUCAUGGACAGUGAGCUGCUAGUUACAUAUGCGCUCGCCUCUCGAGAAACAAUCCCCCAAACCCGCCGCCGCUUCUUGGCAAAAUAUCUCGCCCCCAACGACCCAGACAAAGCAGAAGAACUCUACGACCCGCGGUUCUACAUCGCGCCUGACGGGAAGGGCGGGGAAGGGUCGCUUAUUCGUGGUCGGUAUCGGGAAGUUAUUGGGAAUAUUAAUGACCAUAAUUGGCAUAAGCCGGCGCAUUUGAGGGCGAUGGAUGCGAAGAAGGCUAGGGGUGGUGGUUCGCGCUCCCAUGAGGUUUCGGGGUCUUCUUCUGGUGCGAAUUCGCCGAGAGUUUCUGGGAGUGUUGGGGAUGGAGCAGGAGGAGGGGCUUCGUUGGUUGGGAGGGGUCUGGGGUCGGAGGCAGGGUCAGGGGGAUGA